UUAGUACGCUAGUGCGCUCCCGGCUGUGUGAGCUGAAUGCAGUGGGAUUGGUCGGGAAAUGACGGUGGUUUGAUUGUCGGAGUUUGUUUUAUUCGAGGCUGCUGGAAUUCCGCUGCUCCUUCCAGGGAAACUUAUAUAUUAUUCCUCCGUGUUCGAACCGCCCGAACUUUGCUGUUUUAAAGCCGUAAUUCCCAGAACAGAACCUCCGCAGCGCAUUAGUGUUGUUUUUACCUCAGGAUGAUAUUAACGGACGCGCUACCUGGCCUGCCUUAGUGAUUAGCACAAUGCUAACAGAACACAGCGGUUAGUGCCUCGUUAGACCAGUUAGCACGACUGGAUUAGCCGCGGUUAUAUUAUAUUAAAUCACCCGCUACAGCGCUAGUAGUGGAAGUGUUAAUUAGCUUAGCUUAGCUUAGGUUAGCUUAGCAUUAGCAGUGCUAGCAUUCUGGCUCUGUGCUGCCGGGUUACUGAGGUAAGUUUGCUAGCAGUUUAGCUACCAGCUUGGAAAAAGGCGACCGAAAGGCUGCUGAAUAAUUAAAGAGGUUUAUUGACCCUGAUAAUGGAGUAUGUUCUGCCUAAUCGCGAUUAGAACAUCUCGCUGUGCAGUAUGUGGUGUGCAGGAGCCAGCAGUUCCCUCUGUGCAUGUAACGUAUCGCUCCAUCACACUGCCUGAUGGCUGUCUCCGUUAUCUCGGCUGACUUUACGCGUCGGCGAUGAACGUACACGAGGCGCUCGAUUCUUUACCCGGACGUUUCUGAAUCACAAUCAAACAGGAGGACUUUGACAAGAAGCAGCACCAGGAUCGGAUCUCGUUCUCACCCGCCGACAAGACGGACCAUGGCUUCGGUGUGGAAAAGACUGCAGCGUGUUGGAAAGCACGCAUCCAAAUUCCAGUUUGUGGCCUCUUAUCAGGAGCUAAUGGUGGAAUGUACAAAGAAAUGGCAACCAGACAAGCUCGUGGUGGUGUGGACUCGCAGGAGUCGGCGGAAAUCCUCCAAGUCUCAUAGUUGGCAGCCGGGCAUCAAAAACCCAUACAGAGGAGUUGUGGUGUGGCCUGUUCCUGAGAACGUGGAGAUCACCGUCACCCUGUUUAAGGACCCUCAUGCAGAGGAGUUUGAAGAUAAAGACUGGACCUUCGUCAUUGAGAAUGAGUCUCCGUCAGGCCGUAGAAAAGCCCUGGCCACCAGCAGCAUCAACAUGAAGCAGUACGCGAGCCCCAUGCCCACGCAGACGGACGUCAAGCUCAAGUUCAAACCUCUCUCCAAGAAGGUGGUGUCUGCCACGCUGCAGUUCUCACUCUCCUGCAUCUUCCUGCGCGAGGGCAAAGCAACAGAUGAAGACAUGCAGAGUCUGGCCAGUCUGAUGAGCAUGAAGCAGGCCGACAUCGGCAACCUGGACGACUUUGAGGAGGAGAACGAAGAGGACGAGGAGAACCGCUUCAAUCAGGAGGAGAAAGCCGCCAAGAUCACAGAGUUGAUCAGUAAGCUGAACUUCCUGGAUGAAGGCGAUCAGGAGCAAACCCUCACGAGCUCCAACCCCUUCGAAGAGGCAGAUGACCCCGUGAACCUCAACCCGUUCAGCGACCCUGACGAGGAGGAAUCAGGCCCAGCGCCCCCUCUGGAGUCCACCUUAAACGACGAGGACUCGGCAGAUCCACUGAACCCUUUUGAAGAAUCGGAGCCAAAUCCGGAGCAGCUCGAUUACAAGAACCCGUUCGAUGAACCCGAGCCGGAGAGUUUACCCCCGAAAGGCAGCACCAGGAAGAUCCCACGUCCUGUGGACAUGAGCAAAUACCUGUACGCAGACAGCAGCAAGACGGAGGAGGCCGAGGAGCUGGACGAAUCGAACCCCUUCUACGAGCCCAAGUCAGAUGAGUCCACUACAGAAAGCACGGCCGUGUUGAAGAACGCUAAACGGCGUGCUCCUCUGCCCCCUGCUGCCCCCUCACUGACCCCAGUUAGCCCUGCCGCUCCCAGUGACCCCAAACCAGCUGUGACUGACAAGGUGUCCAUCAUGUGCCCUGCGCUAGGUCUAAGAGAGCUGGCCUCUUCCUCACCUAAGGACAGCCCAGUGCCCAGUCCAGUAUUAGGAGGAAGGCCAAACGCCAGUCAGUCAUUGCUUGUCUGGUGCCGAGAGGUGACCAAGAACUACCGCGGAGUUAAGAUCACCAACUUCACCACAUCAUGGAGGAACGGACUCGCCUUCUGUGCCCUGCUGCACCAUUUCAGACCCGAUCUCAUUGACUACAAGUCUUUAAAUCCUCAAGACAUUAAAGAAAACAACAAAAAGGCGUACGACGGCUUCGCCACUCUGGGCAUCUCUCGGCUGCUGGAGCCGGCCGACAUGGUGCUGCUGGCGAUCCCGGAUAAACUGACCGUGAUGACGUACCUGUACCAGAUCCGUGCACACUUCAGUGGCCAGGAGCUGAGCGUGUUACAGAUCGAGGCCCAGGCCGGACGCAGCACCUACAAAGUGGGUGAUUUCCACACCGACACAGAGAGCUCCGUGGCUCAUGACACCUUUUACGCCGAGGUUCAAAACCAGACGCAAAAUGUCGAUCCUAAUGUCAAAGGAGAGGAGCCAGAAGACACAGAGUUAACAGAAACCGCUCCGUGUACGUCCUCAGCUGCGACCAACAUGAGCCCCGACGCUUCAGGGGCAAAAGAGGACACGAUUGAUGCCGAGAGUGAGGGGGAGAAGGAAAAAGAGAGGGACGGUGUGGCUCCGGUGGGUGGAGAUCAACCGCCGGCCUCUGUUUCACUUCCACACACACUCGGCUUCAGCUACAACCAAGAUCCUGACAUGAAGACGAAGAGGAGCGUGAGACCGAACGACGUGGACGGCACAAAGAAAGAGAACAGCUCGUUACAGACCAACCAUACAGACGUGUCCAACAAACACACGCAGGAGACUGCGCCUGUCCCUGCGUCCACCGGCAACGAGAAGAAAGUACAGUCUCGUCAGGAGGAGCUGAAGGAGAGAGCUCGCCUCCUGCUGGAGCAGGCUCGCAGAGACGCAGCCCUGAAGGCCAGGAACAAAACCGUCCCGAGCAGCACCUCACCUACGCACGCACGGCCGCAGCAGGUCAUCGACGAGCGUGACGAGGAGAGGCGCAGGCAGCUGAGGGAGCGAGCGAGGCAGCUGAUAGCGGAGGCUCGAUCAGGAGUGAAGAUGGCUGAGUUCCCCCUACACUCAGACACCUCUACUUCUGCAGGAGAGUUCAAAGGAAGGUCAAAGGCAGCUGGAGUCAUGGUGAGUAAGGUGUGUGUAGAUGGUGAGGAAGAGAGGUCCGAAGAAGAGCAAGUGGUAUCGUCGCCCGAUGAUGAUGUCACUAUUUAUGAUAAUGAGGAGGAACCAAUGGCCUCUUGUCUGCUGGAGGAAGACUUUACUAACUCAGCUACUGACCUAGCUUCUCUGGGUGUGAUGAACAGCAGGCACGUGGACCUGAAGCUAAAGAAGUUGACGGAGGUUCGACCUCAGGGGGGAAGCUCACCAUCUUCUUCCUCUUCUUCCUCAUCCCUUACGGCCUCCAGCACAUCGCUGCUCAGCCCGGGAGACGAGACCCACCUGAGCUUGCAGAAUAACAGUGAGGAGCUGAAGGCUGAGCGUCUACGCAGGGCAACAGAGCGUCUCCGAAGUCCCGUUGUCUUUAGCAAGGAAUCAGCUGUGCGCAAAACACAGCUCAAGUCUUUCAGCCAAUACGUGGAGAGUCGUCCAGAGAUGAAGAGGCAGAGGUCCGUGCCUGAGGAGCUAAAGCGAGCAGCAGAGGUCAGGAGCGGGACUUCGGAGGUGGAAAACCGAAAGCCGGCUGAAGAUGAGGCGUUCAGAGACACGAGUCAGUACGUGGUGGGCGAGCUGGUGGCUCUGGAGAGCGAGCAGAGGCAGAUCGACACACGCGCCUCGUGUGUGGAGAAGCGCCUGCGCUAUCUCAUGGACACAGGGAAGAAUAAGGAGGAGGAGGAGGCCAUGAUGCAGGAGUGGUUCACGCUGGUGAAUAAGAAGAACGCUCUGAUCCGGCGCCAGAAUCAGCUCUCUCUGCUGGAGAGGGAGCAUGAUCUGGAGAGGCGCUUCGAGCUGUUGAACCGGGAGUUAAGAGCAAUGCUGGCGAUUGAAGACUGGCAAAAAACUGAAGCCCAGAAACAUCGGGAGCAGCUGCUUCUAGACGAGCUGGUCAUACUGGUCAACAAACGUGAUGCUCUGGUCCGAGAUCUCGACGCACAGGAAAAAGAGGCCGAGGAGGAGGAUGAGCAUCUGGAGCGGACUCUGGAACAGAACAAAGGAAAGAUGGCUAAGAAAGAAGAAAAGUGUGUCCUUCAGUGAUUUCCAAAACAGACACUAAAACUUACUAAACUUACUGCAGAAAAAAAAAGAAGAAUGUUUACUACAAUUUUGAGAAACGUAUUAUUACUAUUAUAACAAGCGUCGCAUUACUUACGUUUAUUUCGGCUUUAGAUGAAAGUUUGGUCAGCGUUUGCAGCCCAAGGGCUGGUGCGUGUUCAUUCACUCUAAUGCCUUUGGUUUUCUUUAUACUGAGAUUACAUUUCAACACUAAUAGAUUGUUCGAUUGUUCUAAAAAGGUACUUCUAUGUGAUAAAACAAGCAUUUUUUAAAGAACCGAAUAACCACGUCAGAGAGGAAGCUCCACGACGAUCCGCUGACUUUUAAUGUUUGUUGUUUCAGACAGACGCAUAGCUUCGAUCAUAUGAAUGUGUGUUAAUUUCCCAGUGGAGAUUAGGACUGAACAUUUCAAGGUACAAACACAACAUCAUUUUAUAGUUAUUUUAGCAUUUUAAAAAAAAUUCUGCAUUUUAUCUAUAAAAAAACUCUAAAUCUUCUUUUACUCCAAACAGUGUUUUAUUACUUAACGUAUAACUUUUAAUUCAACUACUUUUUAAAUGUAUAGGAUCUCUUUAAGGGGGAUGUUGCAUAAAAAAACAAGAAAGUUAGUUUGUUUGUUUGUUGUUUUUAAAUUUUUUUUUGUUUAACCAAAAAAUUUGGGAUGUUCCAUAGCAGGAAUCUCUGAGUACUUUUUAAGUGCUUUUAUUUAGACUGAAUGGUUAAGAUGUACAUUUCACGUCACCGUUUCAUGAGAGGAGAAUACGAGCGUGUGAAAUCCUGUUUCCAGGAGAAGUUUAAAAACAAUUAAUUUAUUGUCGUUUGUCCUUUUUGCGACAGCUAACCAUCUUCACGACCUUGUGCAUUAACUCGAGGACUUUAAUAUUUAUUGUAUACUUUAAAAAUGCUUUCAUACACAUCUCUCUGGUUCACCUCGCGUGCUGCUGUCUUAUCGUGUGAACGUUGUUUAUUUAUUCCUAAAAAUGACCAGUCAUCAAUAAAACUGAAAUGCUUUCAUACUCUUAAAA